AUGAGCCAAUCAAAUCGCUCCACGGACUGGCCCGUUGGGAAAGACGAGGGUGAGGUCGCCAAUUGCAGUUACUCCGCCCCCACCAAAGUGGUCAAGGUUCGACAACGACCGCUACAACUCAGCGAGAAGCUACUCGAGAUGCUCAACGAGCAUUUCCACACUUUCGGCCGACCUCGGUUCGGAAAAAGGUAUUAUUCAAACGAUGACUGGAUGUACUUCCUGCCACCGCAAGAGGUCAACGAUGUGUUGUGGUUGGAGGACUUUGAGCCUUUGCAUAGACCUCAAUUGUUGGAACCAGUGGCUCCUGAAUUCAUUGUUGACACCAACGACGAUAGCCUACCGCAGGCUCAAAGAGGCAGACUGUUGAGGUCCCUGCGUCUUGACUACAACUGA